AUGGGUGCGCUCUACUAUCUGAUGCAUCCCAAUCAGCUGCGUUCCAUUUUACAAUGGAAGCUCUGGCAUGAACCCGUCCAUAAGCGCGACCCAACCAAGGAGUCCGAGAAUCUCAAGGAGUGCUUUCGUUAUCUCAACAUGACCAGCCGUAGUUUUGCGAUGGUUAUCCAAGAGCUGAACCCUGAGCUUCUCGUUCCUGUUGCCCUCUUCUAUCUCGUCCUCCGCGGUCUUGACACCAUCGAGGAUGACAUGACGAUUCCUCUCGACAAGAAGACCCCAAUGCUGCGCAACUUCCAUGAGACGAUGGAAAUCGACGGUUGGCAGUUCCACGAGAGCAAGGAGAAAGAUGCUGAGCUGCUCGAGCAUUUCGAUGUUGUCAUUGCUGAGCUGAAGCAACUCAAGCCACAAUACUACGAAAUCAUCAAAGACCUCACUCUGAAGAUGGGUAACGGCAUGGCUGACUAUGCCGCCGACACAGACAAGAUUGAGAACGGCCUGCAAACCAUUGAGGAUUACGAGCUUUAUUGCCACUACGUCGCUGGCCUUGUUGGAGAGGGCCUGACGAGACUCUUUGUCAGCGCUGAGCUUGCCAACCCCAAACUCGCAGAGAGACCCUCCCUCACUGAGUCCAUGGGCCAGUUUCUGCAAAAAACCAACAUCAUCCGUGACAUCCACGAAGACUGGGUGGACGGCCGCCGCUGGUACCCCAAGGAAAUUUGGAGCAACCACGUCGAUAAGUGGGAGGACCUGUUUGAGCUCUCCAAGCGCGAGCAGGCUCUGAACUGUAUCUCGGAGAUGGUGCUCGACGCCCUCAAGCACGUGGAGGAGUGUCUCUUCUACAUGGCUGGCAUGCGCGACCAGAGCUGCUUCAACUUUGUUGCCAUUCCUCAGACCAUGGCCAUUGCCACCAUGGAGCUCGUCUUCCGCAACCCCGCCAUCCUCGAGCGCAACGUCAAGAUCACGAAGGGCGACGCCUGCCAGGUCAUGCUCGAAUCUACACAAAACCUCUUCACCGUGUGUGAAGUGUUCCGCAAAUACGUCCGCCGCAUCCACAAGAAGAACGAUCCGCGAGAUCCGAACUUUUUGGCCAUCAGUGCCCGUUGUGCCAAGAUCGAGCAAUUUAUCGAGACACUGUACCCUACACAAGACGCUGCGAAGCUGAACGCCACCAACAAGAAGAGACAAAUGGACGAACCCACUGCCGACCCCGGUGAGGGCUUCGUCCUGUGGAUGGUUGUCAUAUUGUCCCUCGUCUUCAUGGCUCUCCUCAUGGUUGGCAUCGCUAGCUUCUUCGGCGCCGACUUCUCCUCGACACUGACCGACGUGAGGAAGCUGUGGACCAGCCUCGAUGCCCCCAAACCCCCCCAACCUCUCGCCGGUGCCGGUCGCGACGAGUUGUAG